ACACACUCUCUCUCUCUCUCUCUCUCUCUCUCUCUCUCUCUCUCUGGACGAAAUCCCAAUUCUCGCACCGUCACUUUCUCUGCCUUUUCUCUUUGUGCCGCCACCUCCGCGUCCACCACCGCCGCCGCCAUCUCCCGUCCUUCUCCUCCCCGGAGUCUCUAGGGUUUCCGCUUCCGCUUCUCUGUCCAUCCAGGGUUCUUCGAGCUGGAUUCUCUGCAUUUCUUCCGCUCAAUCUCCUUGCGCCGCUGGUGCAGCGGCUUUGUUGAUUGAUCUCGCUUUCUCCGUCUCCGCGUCUUCUUGUUUCCGUUUUUAUCGAAUCCGAACAAAAAUCUAGGGCUGAGGAUUUGAUUUGUGGGAUUUCGGGGUGCUCUUUUUUCUCCGUUUUGGAUGGCAUUAGGGGACUUGAUGGUGUCUCGGUUAUCGCAAUCUUCAGUUUCCGUUGUUACCAAUCAUCACUACGACGAUGGCUGCGCCUCCUCUGCCGCUUACAGUCAAGACGAUGGUGAUUAUUCCUUAGCCUCGCGUAGGAGGGAUUCCGAGGCCGCGAGCAGCAGCUACGGAAAUGCUACAACGGCCCCCGUCGUCUUCUCCACCACAACCACCAGCAUGGCUUAUUUGCCUCAAACUGUGGUGCUCUGCGAGCUCAGACACGACGCGUUCGAGGCAUCUUCGCCAUUGGGACCUUCCAGGAGCGGCUUUGUCUCGAAAUGGAGGCUUAAAGAACGAAUGAAAACAGGAUGUGUAGCUUUAGUUCUCUGUUUGAACAUUAGUGUUGAUCCGCCAGAUGUAAUCAAGAUAUCUCCUUGUGCGAGAAUGGAAUGCUGGAUAGAUCCAUUUUCUAUGGCCCCUCCAAAAGCACUUGAGACAAUUGGCAAAAACUUGAGCUCUCAAUAUGAGAGGUGGCAACCAAGGGCUCGUUAUAAGGUUCAAUUAGAUCCUACUGUAGAUGAGGUGAGGAAGCUCUGUUUGACUUGUCGUAAAUAUGCAAAGACGGAAAGAGUUUUGUUUCACUAUAAUGGGCAUGGUGUGCCAAAGCCUACUGCAAAUGGUGAAAUCUGGUUGUUCAAUAAGAGUUACACUCAGUAUAUUCCCUUGCCAAUCAGUGAGCUUGAUUCCUGGUUAAAGACACCAUCGAUCUAUGUUUUUGACUGCUCUGCUGCUGGUAUGAUUAUAAAUGCCUUUUCUGAGCUUCAUGAGUGGGGUUCUUCUGGCUCUUCUGGCUCCUCGAGGGACUGCAUUCUGCUUGCUGCUUGUGAAACACAUGAGACACUGCCUCAGAGUGUUGAAUUUCCAGCUGAUGUGUUUACUUCUUGCCUCACAACACCUAUUAAAAUGGCGUUAAAAUGGUUUUGCAGGCGUUCUCUUUUGAAGGAAAUCAUCGACGAAUCACUCAUUGACAGAAUUCCUGGCCGCCAAAAUGACCGUAAAACAGUGCUGGGAGAGUUGAACUGGAUUUUCACUGCAGUGACGGAUACUAUUGCUUGGAAUGUUCUUCCCCGUGAUCUUUUCCAGAGAUUAUUCAGACAGGACUUGUUGGUUGCAAGCCUUUUCCGGAAUUUCUUACUUGCGGAGAGGAUCAUGCGCUCCGCAAAUUGUUCUCCAAUAUCUCACCCUAUGCUGCCACCUACGCAUCAACAUCAUAUGUGGGAUGCAUGGGACAUGGCUGCUGAAAUCUGCCUUUCUCAGCUUCCUCAAUUAGUUCAGGACUCGAAUGCAGAGUUCCAGCCAAGUCCAUUUUUUACUGAGCAACUGAUGGCUUUUGAAGUGUGGCUUGACCAUGGAUCGGAACAUAAGAAGCCACCGGAGCAGUUGCCAAUUGUUCUUCAGGUUUUACUUAGUCAAUGUCAUCGGUUUCGUGCUCUUGUGCUUCUCGGACGCUUUCUUGAUAUGGGUCCUUGGGCUGUAGAUCUGGCCUUAUCUGUUGGAAUAUUCCCGUAUGUUCUGAAGCUUUUGCCAACAACUACAAAUGAGCUGCGACAGAUUCUUGUUUUCAUAUGGACAAAGAUUCUUGCACUCGACAAGUCAUGUCAGGUUGAUCUUGUGAAGGAUGGUGGCCAUGCAUACUUCAUCAGAUUUUUAGAUAGCUCAGGUGCAUUUCCAGAACAGCGGGCUAUGGCUGCCUUUGUUUUGGCUGUCAUUGUGGAUGGCCAUAGACGUGGCCAGGAAGCUUGUCUUGAAGCUAAUUUAAUCAGUGUGUGUCUGGGGCACCUUGAAGCACCCCGACCAAAUGAUCCAUCCCUAGAACCUUUGUUUGUGCAAUGGAUUUGUCUUUGUCUUGGGAAGUUGUGGGAAGAUUUUGCAGAGGCCCAGAUAAUGGGUCGGGAGGCCAAUUCUGUUGCUAGAUUGGCUCCUCUUCUCUCUGAACCGCAACCAGAGGUUAGGGCUGCUGCCGUUUUCGCCCUCAGUACCUUACUCGACAUUGGAUUUGACACUGGUAAAAGUGUUGGUGAUGAUGAAUUUGAUGAUGAUGAAAAGAUUAGAACAGAAGAUUCUAUUAUCAAAAGUCUCUUAAACGUAGUUUCUGAUGGGAGCCCGCUUGUCAGGGCAGAGGUUGCUGUAGCUCUUGCACGAUUUGCCUUUGGCCACAAACAGCACCUAAAGGCAGUUGCCGCCUCAUAUUGGAAGCCUCAGUCAAGUUCUUUACUGGCUUCAUUCCCUUCAUUGGCCAAGAUUCACGAUGCUGGGACUGCAACGAUUGUUUCUUCACACUCGAGUCCUGUGACAAGGGUUACCAGUGAGAGCCAACCAGUACUUCGUGAGUCAAGGGCCUCAUCAAGCAGCCCACAUGGUUCUUCCGGGCUCAUGCAUGGGUCACCAUUAUCUGAUGAUUCUUCACAACAUUCUGAUACUGGAAUCAUUCAUGAUGGUGUCAGCAAUGGAGUUGUCCAUCCGCCUAGAGCAUUGGACAAUGCUGUUUAUUCACAGUGUGUUCUAGCGAUGUUUACAUUAGCCAAAGACCCAUCUCCACGUAUUGAAACCCUUGGACGGCGUGUUUUGUCUAUUAUUGGGAUUGAGCAAGUUGCCGCAAAAACCUCAAAUCCCAGUGGCCGACGGGGUGAAGCCAGAACAUCUCACACCCCUCUCGCUGGCCUUACUCGUUCAUCAUCAUGGUUUGAUAUGCAUGCAGGUCACCUGCCCUUAACAUUUAGGACUCCUCCUGUGAGCCCUCCUAGGACAAGCUACUUAGCAGGAUUAAGGAGAGUUUGUUCACUAGAGUUCAGGCCGCAUCUCAUGGGUUCUCCAGAUUCUGGAUUGGCUGAUCCGCUUUUAGGAGCCAGUGGAUCUGAAAGAAGUUUGCUUCCACAAUCAACUAUUUAUAAUUGGAGUUGUGGUCACUUCUCUAAACCACUUCUUGGUGGAGCUGACGACAGUGAAAUGAUAGCAACCAGAAGAGAAGAGAAGGAAAAAUUUGCGCUUGAGCAUAUUGCAAAAUGCCAGCAUUCUUCUAUUAGCAAGCUCAACAAUAAUCCUAUAGCGAACUGGGAUACAAAGUUUGAAACGGGAACUAAGACAACCCUUCUUCACCCGUUUUCUCCAAUCGUAAUUGCUGCAGAUGAAAGUGAACGGAUCAGGGUGUGGAAUUACGAGGAAGCAACUCUUCUCAAUGGUUUUGACAAUCAUGCUUUUCCUGACAAAGGAAUUUCAAAGAUGUUCCUGAUCAAUGAGCUUGAUGACUGUCUGCUACUUGUUGCUUCAUGUGAUGGAAGUAUUCGGAUAUGGAGAGAUUACAUGACAAAGGGUAAACAAAAGCUUGUUACUGCGUUUUCGUCAAUCCAGGGUAACAAGCCCAGUGCACGUGGCUUGAAUGUUGUUUUUGAUUGGCAACAGCAAUCUGGUUAUCUGUAUGCAUCCGGGGAAAUGCCAUCUAUCAUGCUUUGGGACCUGGAGAAAGAACAGCUCGUCAAUUCUAUUCCAUCUUUCUCGGAUUGUGCUGUCACCACACUUUCGACUUCUCAUGUGCACGGGGGUCAACUGGCUGCGGGUUUUGCCGAUGGAUCUGUGAGACUUUAUGAUGUUCGGACACCUGAUAUGCUUGCGUGCUCUGUGCGGCCUCAUCAGAGAGCUGAAAAGGUUGUUGGAAUCAGCUUUCAGCCUGGGCUGGAUCCUGCAAAGAUUGUGAGCGCAUCACAGGCUGGCGAUAUCCGGUUUCUUGAUCUCCGAACAACGAGAGACGCUUACCUCACAAUUGAUGCCCACAGGGGCUCACUCACAGCCUUGGCUGUUCACAGACAUGCCCCUAUCAUUGCAAGCGGUUCUGCGAGACAACUCAUCAAGGUUUUCAGCCUGCAGGGUGAACAGCUCGGAAUCAUACGGUACUACCCAUCAUUCAUGGCCCAGAAAAUCGGGUCAGUGAGCAGCCUCACGUUUCACCCAUACCAGGUUCUCCUUGCUGCCGGGUCUGCGGAUUCAUUUGUCUCUGUAUACACUGACGACAAGGCUCAAGCAAGACAAUGACAGAGUUUGGUCAGUAAGUCAAUCAACUCACCUGGUAAGUGAUAAGAUCCUUGACUGUGGUUCACAAGAAGCACAUCUCUCAAGUGUUAUAUAAAUAGCAGCCUAGAGAAGGGAUUUGCUUUAUAGGUUGAAGGAAUGCGGUUGCAGUGUGGUAUCUGUAUAUCUAAAAGGAGGAGGAGAGGUAUAUUCCUAUUGCGUCAGUUCGAUAGGAUGGCUUUGCCAAAUGAUGAUUUCUACGCGCGCUGUUGCUAUGUAAAUAGUUUGCUUGUUUGCUUGUUUUGGCUUUACUU